AUGGCAGAGCAAUUCAUACCUCAACAGCAACUUCAAUAUGCGAUUGAUCGCUAUCUCGAUAAUUUCAAGAAAAUCGGUAGGAACAAUCUCACACCAGCUAAGGUGCGGUCCCGUAUCUCAACGCUCAAGGAAUACUGGACUCAAUUCUUCACCGGACAUACAAAUUUGGCGCAGAGGAUCCCGGAAGCCACCCGGUCGUCCUUUGCAUACUUCAAGGACAAGCAUUUCGACUUGACGUCAGCAGCAUAUCAAACCGCAAUGGACCACAUGGCGGAGAUCGUGGAGGAAAUGGAGCCGGUCGUGAGUCCAAAUUCAUCUCUUUUCUCGACGAGGCUGCCCGCGGAAGCGUCCGCGUUUUCUCUAUCGCAUCUUCCACCCAUCAAAUUGCCUCCGUUCGACGGCAAUUACAACGAAUGGGAACAAUUUCGCGAUCGAUUUGCGACGCUAAUUCGAGAAAAUUCUGACUUGAAUGAUUUCGCGCGCAUGCAUUUCUUAUCAUCGUGUUUAACGGGUCGCGCGGUGGAAUGUAUAGCGAAUCUGUCGGUUACCGCCGCUAAUUUCGAAAUAGCAUGGAAAGCGUUAACCAAACGGUACGACGACAAAAGGCGGUCGAUAAACAAACAUCUCUCGACCUUGCUCAGCUUAUCGUCUAUCUCGCGCGAAUCUGCCACCGAGCUGCAGACUUUAAACGACAAAGUGAAUAUCGCAAUGGCAUCAUUAAAAGCCCUCAAUCGAAAACCGGAGAAACUCUGGGAAGAUAUUGUCGUUCAUAUCGUUGUACAAAAAUUAGAUCCGGUUACGCGCAAAGCUUGGGAACUAAGCAUCGCCCAUAAAGAUGCCCCGCAGUCUCACGAAACUUUAAGCAAAUUUAUCGAGUCGCGCACUCGCGCGUUAAGGGCAGCCGCCCCCGGGUCAGUCGUUAAAACCGGUGUAAAACCAGUCGCAGCCUCGCGAGUUUAUUCCGCAACCGCAUCCGCUAAUGCACAAUCGCAGUGCUCGCUGUGUCCAGCUCGACACUUUAUUAACGUAUGUCCUACGUUCGUGAGCAAAAAUGCGAGUCAACGUCGCGAUAUAAUCAAGCAACAAAAACGCUGUUUCAAUUGUUUGAGCGCAAGGCAUUCCGCACAUGAAUGCAAAAGUAAAUAUUGUUGUCGGGUUUGUCACAAGAAGCAUCAUUCGAUGCUACACGUUGACUCGGAUUCUAGCUCAAGUGCAUUGAAAAAUGUACAGUCUAAUUGCUCGUCGCCUCAAGCGUCGGAUGCGACGCCGGAGGUAAAUUCGUAA